AUGUUUGCUCUGUUCGGCCGAAGCCUCCUCUUCCCGGCCCCGUUUCGAUCCUGCUGCGGCCUGAAAGAACAGAGGGACCGGAAGAAGCUCCCGUGGCGCUCCGUUUCCGGCCAAGACUCUCACCCCAUGACCUCAGCUCACAUGGCUGAUGACAACUCCACUCUCAGGGCUGCCUGGCUGGCUCACAAGCACACAAGAGGCUCCCCGCCUAAGGCUGUGCCUUCGCGUUUCGAGUCCGACGCCGUCAUCUCGUAUGUUCCCACUGGCCUCAUCUACCGUGGUCACCGCGAAAUUGAGGUCCUCCUCGACCAGAUGCGGAAUUCUUAUCAAUGCAUUGAGGAAACUGAGGUCUUGAGUACGAUCUACGGACAGAAUGAUGUGUUCGAAGAGUCGAUCCUUACCAUCCGCCAUGAGCGUUCUAUCGAGUACCUCUUGCCCGGCAUCAAGGAAACCGGCAGGACCUUGAAAUGUGCCAUGUGUACCGUCUCGACUUUCAAAGACGACAAGCUCGCGUACCAGCGUGUGUACUGGGACCACGCCAGUCUCUUGCAGCAGGCCGGAGUCCUUCCUCCUAGUGUUAGGGGAAAGACGGCCACUAGCCCCCAGAUUGUGCUCAAGGUUGCAGGCACUAAGGUUGAGGAUGUCAUCAAGGCUGCCCUCCCUAAGGAAGGCGCCGAACCCAACGCCGCCAAAGUGCAGCAGGAGCAGCAAUCGGCCGCAGCUACUCAGGCUACUUCUGAUGAAGACCGCCCCCUACAAAACAACGGGCACAAGAACGCGGCGGCCGACCACUUCGAUGAGCAGCCCGUCGGCGCCACUGCUCAAAAGCAAGCCAUUACCAAAGAGUACGUGACCCCCGACCCGGCCGUCGCCGUUGCAAACCGCAACAACCCCGUCACUGGCUCCCGCCAAAGCGUCAAGCUCCACGCUCCUCCCGGCGGCGUCUCCCAAUUUAGUCUCGGCGGCGACGCUCCCGUGUCCAACGCGCGUGCCGCUCAACAGCAGCCCACGCCUGCCCUCACCGAAGACACCGAAGCAACAGCCAACUUCGCCGCCCGAAACACCUACGCCGCCCGCAACCGCGGCUCCUUUGCCUUCGACUCCUCCUCCCCUACCCCUUCCACCACCACCACAACCGAAGACCCAGCCCUAACCGCCAACAACGCCGCGCGCAACACCUACGCCGCCCGUAAUCGCGGAUCCUUCGGAUUCGGCGACGACUCAACCCCCAGCAGCGUCACCACUAACCAGCAGCAGCAGCCGAGGUCGACUGGACGCACCCAUUAUGCGCCGGCGGAGAGUAAGAUUGGCGCGCCGCCGGUCACGGGAAGUAAGGUGCCGAGUGUUAAGUUGCAUGCGCCGCCGGGGGGGCAAUCGCAGAUUACGUUUGGAUAA